UUUGAUUGGUUAGAACGGUGGGCGGAGCGUCUCACAGGGCGCUAGGCUACGCGGAAAGGCCUGACCUGGCUGGGCUUGGCUGGGCUUGGGUCGAGGUGCCGGCCUGGGUUUCUCCGGGAGUAUGGUGCUGGGUGGCUGCCCGGUGAGUUAUUUGCUUCUUUGUGGCCAGGCGGCUUUGUUGCUGGGGAAUCUGCUGCUGCUGCAUUGUGUCUCCCGGAGCCACUCCUACAAUGCCACUGCCGAGCUGGAGCUCACAUCCGCUGCCCACCAGGAGGGUCCCGCUGGGGCGCCCAGCUGGGAAUAUGGCGACCCCCACUCUCCAGUCAUCCUCUGCUCCUACCUACCAGACGAAUUUAUAAAAUGUGACGAGCCAGUGGACCAUGUUGGAAAUACAACCGCAUCCCAGGAACUCGGUUAUGGUUGUCUCAAGUUCGGUGGUCAGGCCUACAGUGAUGUGGAACACACCUCUGUCCAGUGUCGGGCCCUAGAUGGAAUUGAGUGUGCCAGUCCUAGGACCUUUCUCCGGGAAAAUAAGCCCUGUAUAAAGUAUACCGGCCACUACUUCAUUACCACUUUACUCUACUCCUUCUUCCUGGGAUGUUUCGGCGUGGAUCGCUUCUGUUUGGGACACACUGGUACAGCAGUCGGCAAACUGCUGACACUUGGAGGACUUGGGAUCUGGUGGUUUGUGGAUCUUAUUUUGCUCAUCACUGGAGGGCUGAUGCCAAGUGAUGGCAGCAAUUGGUGCACUAUUUACUGAGAAUCGCUGCUCUUAUGGCCCAGGGGAGCGAGUGUGGGACCGAAGGAACUAUUCUCAGCUCUGAUGUCAGUCAGACCUGAAGAUUUCCAGCCCUCUUUGGAGGAAAUGGAUGUGAAGAAAGAUUCUUUGGACUUCAGAUUUUCAACCCAGAUCCUCCCUUGCAGACUAGAAAUGAUGAGCAAACAGUGCUGUGGGACUCUGCAUACUUUCCUCAUGUACACAAUAUAAAAUAUAGUGCUAACUCGUAAGUUACAGAUGGGUUUCCAUGCUCUUUGUGUCUGUACAACACUUUAGUCCCAUGGAGGAGAUGGACCCAAUAGGAGGCAGACCCAAUGAGAGGAAUGAAAUGAGUAUUUUAAUCCAUGUGUCUUUUGUCACCUGGAGUCUUCAUGCACAACAGAUCUGGAGCUGAACCAGUGAAAAUCUUCAGCAGACAUAAAAAUGGCUGUGGAUUUUAAUACACACCAUUUUUGAACUUCAAUUCCAGAAUAAAUCUUGCCAACCUGGA